AGUGUGCUGUACCCUAUUAUGGCUUGGAAUGUGACCAUGUUUGCAGCAAGAGUUGCUAUAAUAGAUUUUGUUACUUGGACGGCACAUGUCGUGCCUGCUAUCCCGGGUGGAAAGGCGAGCUUUGUGAAGAAGAAGACGCUGAUGCUUUCUAUGAGGUCAAAGGAAUUAUCAUACAAAAACCCUUCCCUCAGCCACCAGUGUACCCACCACCCAAAGAACCUAGCGACAACAGCACCAUCCUAGGUUUGACUAUACUCCUCAUAGGGAUGAUGAUUAACGUGUUUAUCGUUGCACUCACCUGCUACUUAAAACCUGUGGAAAUAGUGGAUACCUUAGAUUCGAAUCAAGUUAAAGACUACAUUGCCAAGAGAGCGAGUCGACGGCUGAAGGGAAUUGAUGAUGUUGACGAUACCGAAGAUAAUGACAACGAUGAUGACGGAAGUGAUUCAGAUGAGGAGGAUGAUGAAAAUGUCGAUGACAAUAAGAAUGAUGAUGAUUCAAGUACUAGUACUGAUGACACUUCUGCUAACACUGAAGAAACUGAAGCUACCGAGGAGAGCAACGACAGUGAAGAUACCGAAGAAUCAAAAUCAGAAGUUUAAUUAUGACAGCCAUUAGAGCAGGCUUCAACAUGUGUUAAAUAUCUCAUUUAGAUACUUUUAGUCUUAAAAACUGUAUUCAAUUUAUAAACUGUUUUUAAAAUGGUGUAUUUUUUUUGGAGAUAAUUAACUUAAUAUAUUUAAUAUUAGACGAUGAAGUGUUAGAUAAUCUGUAAGAUUUAAAAUGACCUUGAUUGUAUAGAUAUUUUUAUAAUAUCACAUAAUGUCGCCGCUUGUGAAAGAGUUUCGGCCGCUAGUGACACGUUUAAGGAAAAAACAACUUGCAGUUUAAUCAAAAUACAGAGAUAUAGGUUUUCACUAAAUGUGUGUUUAUUAUAAAAGACUAGCUAAAAACUCACAUAUUCAACAUUUAUUUUUACUGCUUGCCUCUAAAAUAUGCAUUCUCAUGUUUUUUUAUUGUUUUAUUUUGUGUUUAUUUAUUUAUGGUAUGAUGAACAAAGCUAUUCAGUUUAAAGUAUUAUUUUUAAAAGAUCACUUUAAAUGAAUAACUAAUAAUGUUGUUUUGCUGCAUUAUUACUAGAAUAUUUUUUCAUUCAUUUUUUUAAAAGAUAUUUUUUAUCCAUUUGUUAUAAAAACAAAAUUGACUCUUUUUUUAUUCAUUAAUUUCAUAAAAAGUUCCUUUUUUUGUUAUAAAUGUAUAUAAACAGUGUUAACUUUACAUGCCUUAACCGUCACUGAUAAUGAUGUUGCUUUGAAACAACUUGCGUUUAUAUGCAUGGUUUUGAGCGUUCAGUAGAAAAAAAGUCUUAUUUAUUUACAAAAUAACAUGUUUACUACUAGAUUAACACUAGAAAAUAAUAUGUUUACUCACAAUGAUGGCUAACUAUCAUGUAUUGUUAAUUUUUAAAUUCUUCAUUCUAUAUUUGUUAUAUUAAAAAAGCUCUUCCGUUCUUAUUAAUCAUCUGGUUGUUUCAAAAUUUACACUAUAUAUUGAAUAGGUCUAGAUACUUUAUUAUUUAAUUUGUACUUAAAGAAAAUAUAGCUUAAAUUAAAAAGGUGUCAGUUUGCACAUUGUUUUAAUUAAUGUAUACCCGAUGUUCUUCACCUAUAUAUAUCAAUAGUAAAAUGAAUCCCCAAUGAAUAAAUGAGUUUUACUAAUCUGCGCAUACUAUGCUAGAGCUGUAAGUAAAUAAGAAGAGAACGUUUCAUGUAUGUCUGUUUUACUGAAAUGGAUCUUGCUCGCAUUCAGUAACUAAGAUGUGCAUCUAAAACUACUUUAAUUUGUUUAAUUAGUACAACCUGUUUUUGUUUCUAUUUUGAUUAGAUUUCGUAUUUAAGGUACGGUAGUUUUGGUUGAUUUGUUUUUGUUGGGAGAAAUUUUAAUACAUUCAAUGUUCACUCGUUUUUAUUCAAGGAUACUAAGUUUUUAAUUUAAGUUGAUAAUAUUUUUAAGAGUGUUGAUUGUGUGCCUGUAUUUGGAU